AUGGCCGUUCUUGUGCUACACAGCUUAAUUCUUUCAACGUUACAUCGUAUUGGACAAUUGCUUGACAAAAAUACCCAGACGGACAUUCUAUUUCUCGACUUCGCUAAAGCCUUCGACUCAGUGGAUCAUGUUAUUCUCUUAAGAAAGCUGAAAGAUUACGGUAUCGCAGGAAACCUUUACAGAUGGUUCUCUGACUACCUGCAUAACCGGACCCAGCGUGUUGUUGUAGAGGGUGCUGCUUCGUCAUGGUCCCCCGUCACUUCUGGCGUUCCACAGGGAAGCAUCUUGGGUCCAAUGCUUUUCUUACUCUUCAUCAACGAUCUUCCUGAUGUCAUUCCUGAAUCUACAUCAACAGGACUGUAUGCUGAUGAUACCAAAUUAUAUAGAUACAUAAUUAUAUAA